CCCCAGCCACCUUACCCAACAACAAACAAAACCAUUUCUCCUCUACUUCUCCAAACUCCCAACACCAACCCCCCCCCCCCCCCCCCCCCCCCCCCCCCCCCCCCAAAAAAAAAAAGACAUAUAGACUACUAGGCAGCCAUGAAAUCCAGCCUUGUUCCUUGCCUUCUCCUCUGCCUUCUCAUGGCCAGUUUCAGGGUGAACGAUGCUAUAAGGAAAGAGGAAUCGGCGGAAGAAUACUGGAAGAAAGUGAUGAAGGACGAGCCUCUUCCCAAACCCAUCCAAGAGCUGCUCGCCGCCGGCAACGACGACCACGCCGCCGCCGCCGCAGUGGAUGGGGAGAAGAAGGUGACAAUAAACCGGUUCAUGAGGAACUUCGACACCCAGACCACCGCCAUCAUUUACCACGCCACACAAUCACAUGGCGGCUAGACCGGUCGGACCACCGGCCAGCCAGCUACCCAGCUGCUUAGUUAAUUAAAAUAAAUAUUCUGGAGCUGGUCAGAUCGUCGUGUUUUUGUACUGCAUGUUGUUUUUUUUUCUUUUUUCUUCUAUAGGAUAUUAUAAUCGGAUAUAUAUGUGCAUUUAGAAGCAAAGAAAACCCCUUGUAUUGAAUGUGAGAAAAUAGACAAAUAGUGGUGGAAAGAAGUGGUUAAAAUUUAUCGAGACGCUGGGUUUGGAUGUUUAGAUUUUUGUUUAUAUGUUAUUUUUAAUUAUGGACUUGAAAUUUGUACAUGUCUUAUAUACCAUGUAUUUUAAGUUAACGGUAAACAUUGAGAGUCGUGAAGACCUGAAUAUGUGACCUCAAGGACAGAUCAUUAGUUAUCUCAAUAGCUCUCGUUGUUGGAAGAGGUCCAUGUAGGAAUUUUAACCGCCACUUUCUUACCCAUUGAUAACAAAAGUUUAAAGUUUGAUUUUGUUAUAUACGAUGAAAGGGUUCGAAAUAAAAAUAAACUGCCGUAUAUUUAUCUCACCAAUGACAAUUCAAAUUGUUGGAAAAGAUUAGAAACGAGGUCGAAAGAAGCAUGAUGUGUGUUAAAAAGUCAACUGUUCAUGUUGGCAUGAUUGUUGUGUUGUCUGUUGUUAGUUGUUACUCUUCUUUUUGGUGGGGGGGUGUUGACCUUAGCAGUACCACCACCAUACAUGUGCACCAUACUGGCCGAGUACGAAAGUCAACGGGAACAUUGAAAGGGCAACUCUCUGUUUAUCCGAAUCAUGCAUACAUCCAGAAAAAGGAGUUAGGUGACAUUUCAUUUUUCACUGAAAAUUGCUGGUUUCUUAAUUGUUUUGGUCAAAAUGUCUGUUAUCUACCGACCUCCACGCCUAUCCGCCCAUGGAUAUGAUUGAUGGAUCUUCGUGGCCAGGCAGGAUAACGCAAUCCACCGCACUCAGAAAGUGACCCAAGUUAAUUCAGAAAUUCGAUACAUAUCAACAAUGGCUGCAGCUGUAGAUCAACAUUUUAUACAAAAUUGACCUACAAUUUGGGUGGAUUUGAAACCAGUCGAUUUGAGUUCCUCUACUCCCUUCAUUUUCGGUUUGAAGUUCAACCUUCUAUUGAUAAGUAGGGGGUGUGUAACGGUUUGGUCUGUUUUGUACAGUACCAGAUUAUAUGGUCUCUUGGCGUGGACUGUAUCGAACCUAAUAUAAAAUGGUCCGACAAUGACAGAUCCCGAAAUUUCAUGAAGGGUAUUCAACGAUAGACUAAAAUCUUUUAGGGAUUGUCAAAUUAUUUCCAAUCCAAAUACUACCAACGAUGAAAUAAAAGGGUGUACAAGUGUUUUGUUGAAAUUUUGAAUUUAAGGUUUGUCAAUUCUCAAUCCAUUCUUGUAAGUGGGUACGACGCUCCGAUUAUUAGUCCCAUGAUAAAUACCGGAGAAAAAUGAAAUGAAUUGACAUUUCGACCAAAUCAAACUGAAUCAAAUUGGAUCGAAUAUACUAUUGAUCUGGUCAUUGGUUCUAAGAUGUUUUUUUCUAUUAAACCGCAGUUCUGUCAAAUUUGGUCUGGUGAAUGUUGUCAACCCGGGUCGCCCACUUUGAUCCUGACCCAGUGAGAAAAAAGGGCCGCACGCACCCGCCGGGUCGACCGCUAUAAGAUACCGGGCUGGAGAUCAAACUGUGUCAUUUUUUUUCUUUAGUUUGCGAAAUGCGCCUAUUUUUCAAUUUUUCUUUUCGCCUAACUCAAUCUUUGGAAUCCUAAGUUGAACAUUUGAUGUUAUAUAAGAGUGUGUGAAUUUUCACCAUAUGUUGGAUCUAAGUACAUCAUGUUAUUUUGGUGGAAUAUUAUAUGUUAUAACUCAUAUGUUAGAUGAGAUUUGAUAUAAUUUAUCAGGCUAAGUACAAUAUAAUGAUAUUUUCCAU